AAUGAGAUUCCAUUCUCUGGGUGGUGGUUUUAGUCAACACCUUGAUGUUUGGGGAUCCAAGCUUAAUCCACAGUUACACACACCCGGGAUUUUGGAUCUCAAUUCCCCACCUUAAAACUCCGCUUUCUCUUUCCCCUUUCUUUCUCUUUCUUUACAAAAACACAAAAGGGGCCUCACUUCCCAAUCCUUCCAUGGCUUCCACUUUCUCUGGGUUUGUCUUCCUUCCCUCUUCAACAAUGAAACAAUCUCUUCCUUCUUCACCUACACGCAUAGAAAAAGCAAUGCAAUUUUUCUGAAUAAAUCAAAGAAGAAAAUAUAAAAUAAAAAUUAUUAUUAUAAAAAAAAAAAAAAAAAAUCCUCUUUGGCCCUUCCAUGACAAGUGGCAAUCAUCCAGUGCAUAACCAGCUUCAGCUCUUCUGCUACACCUGGCAGCAUACCAAAUCACAAGGUGUUUUGUUUUGUUCUCAUUGGCGUUCUGAUUUGUGGGAUUGAGAAACCCAAGAAAAACAGUGAAAUGGGACACUGAGAAUUGUUGGUAUUUUUUUUUUUUUUUUUAAAAGAAGAAAAUUUGUUUUUUUUUCUUUUUGUAGUGUUUUUGAUUUCUGGGUAUUUUUGCAAAGAAAAUUCGGUACAAUGAUAUCGUCGGGGAUUAAUCUGGUGAUGACGGUUAUUGGGUUUGCCGUGAGCACCAUGUUCAUCUUCUUCGUGUGCACCAGGCUAGUAUGUGCACGGAUUCAGCUGAAUGCCACGAGGCGAUCUUUCCCCAUUGCUUCUAGAUCCGAUCUCCGUAUUCUAGAAAGGGGGUUACAUGGCCUUGAACCUGUAGUUAUAGCCACAUUUCCAACAAAGAAGUACAGUGAUGCAUUCUUCUCAGCUACAGAAGAUGCUCAAUGCACUGUUUGCCUUGUUGAGUACCAUAAUGAAGAUGUACUACGAAUCCUCCCUUAUUGCGGACAUUCAUUCCAUGUAACCUGCAUAGACAUAUGGCUGCAUCAGCAUUCCACAUGUCCUGUAUGUCGAAUAUCACUUCGUGAGUUUUCUGAUAGAAAACGCUUCAUGCAACCAUUGUUCAGUACAGCUAGUCGAUCUGAAUAUGCAACAGAAUCCUUCAAUUCCCAUUCAUGUCAGUAUCUCUUGACUAGCCAUGGAUCAAGAAACCUUGAAAGCCACCAGACUGAUCCAAUUCAAGAGGACAAUUUAGCAAAUGAGGGUGAUAGAAUAGAGACUGGAGAGAAGAUCUCCUCUAUAACCCAGGGUAAUCAAAACCGUAAGGAAAUGGCAAAAAAGCAUGUAGAAAGCCCAUCAAAUGCCUGAAUUCAAUCAUUCUUGGAACCUAAACAGCAUCAAGGGUAGUUGGUCAAAGACUCGAAUGCGCUUGUCCUAGAAGUUUGUUGCUGUAACUAUGUCCCAGGAAGUUGAUUUUUGCUUACUGUAUAUAUGGCAAAGAGUUUAUUUUUCUCUUUUUCUCCCAAUUGUUUUGUUCUUCCGGUCUAACAGUGGCUGGCAUUGGGCAGUUUUGUUAGAUCAGUGGUAGAAUUAGAUUUAGAUGAAAAAUUGCUGGAGUUGGUAGUUCUCAUCACUCUUUCCUGACCACUCUCGGCUCCCAUUUGAACUAGCAUAUCUGUGUAUAAACGCACAGGUCUCUCUUGCAUGUGUACAAUAAUGCCAUAUCUACCAUCCAGAUUUGGUUUGCCGGUGGCUGUCUUGCAUCUUUAGAUUCUCUUUUCUUCUGUCUAUAGCAGUGGGAAUGAUGGUUCCGUUUGCGGUGUUCGCCUUAGAGAUAUGAUUGGGACUUUCCCCUAACUAUUAUGCUCAAAGUAAGAAACUAAAUUGGAUGAGAAAUUUGAGACA